AUGGUGAAGUUCCUGAAGCCAAACAAGGCGGUGAUCCUCCUCCAAGGGAAUUACGCCAGUCACAAGGCCACCAUCGUGAAAAACUUGGACGAUGGCACACGCGACCGCCCCUACGGCCACUGCUUCGUCACCGGCAUAGCCAAGUACCCGAGCAAGGUCAUCCGUAAGGACUCGGCCAAGAAGUCACGCGUCAAGGCCUUCAUCAAGGUGGUCAACUACAACCACGUCGAGACAUCAUGCCCACGCGCUACACCCUCGACGUGGAUCUCAAGGACAUCGUCACCGCUGAUGCCUGGUCUCGCACGACAAGAAGGUCACCGCCUGCAAGGAGAUCAAGGCAAGGUUCGAGUAGAGGUUCAAGACUGGCAAGAACCGCUGGUUUUUCUCAAAGCUCAGGUUCUAAGUAUUAAGUAUUAG